AUGUUCCCCCUCUAUUAUGAAAAAAAGAUCGCGAAAAAACUCAUACAACACGAUUCCCUGAUUCUCCUGGCGGAUGGAUUUAACGAGCUCAACAUUCUAGCUAUAUUCAUUUUUUACUACCAGAACAAGUGCCUGUGGUAUGAGAAAUGCACGGAGGAGCAAAACAUCUUCUUCCAGUUGUUCGGACUUAACAUACGCAAACGGGUGGACGGCGAAGAAGAUGAUGACGAAAUCGGGAGAGACAUCCCUGGUUUGGGUGAUCAGAGCAGGGAAAGUGACUCCCCACAGAGGGAAUACGUGAACCCCCCAAAACAGGUAACCAGUGCGAAGGCCAAGACGGACAGCCAACUCGGGAAGGAUAAAAUUAACAGCCUGUUGGACUCCUUCAGGUAUGACGCACAGGGGGGAGGCAGCACCAGGGAGGACCUACCCCGACAGGAACGCAAAUCAGAUGUGAAAAGCAUAACGGAUGACGGAAAUGACAGCGCCGCAAAAAGUGAGACGGUCCCCCCCGGGAAUCAAAACAAACUAAUAUUCAUUCUGAAUGUAUCCCCAAAGGAGUACAACUUAUUCCUGAAGUACCAACUAGGUCUAUACAACGAGAUCAGUAAAUUGGACAACCAAUUUAACGACAGCGUAAAAAUAAACUACCUAAAAACAGAAUACAUAAGGAACCAAAAGUCCAACGAACGAAUCGAGCUAUACAUAAAAAGGGGGGUGUACUUUAUCUCCUCCAACAUACUCCUAAUAGAUAUGUUAACCUUUAAAAUUAUCCCAGAAAUAAUCGAUGGAAUUUUCCUCUGCAAGAAUCAUAAGCUGAUUUACAACAUGAAGGAGGUAUUCAUCACGGAGCUAUACAGAAAGAGAAACAAGUAUGGCUUCAUAAAAGGAAUUAGUAACAAUAAAAGGUUAGUAAAUAGUCAACACAUAACAAAUUUAACGCAAAAAUUGAGCAUAAAAAAGGUCUACUGUUAUCCGAGAUUUCACAAAAAUGUACAUAUAUCCCUAAAUAACAAUUUCCUACAACCAACAAUUUACGAAAUAAACAUGGACCUCCCGUCGGACGUCCACACCAUGGAGGAAAGUCUACUCAACCUAAUACACUACCUAAAUUUAGAAAUAAAAAAAUACCAUACCUUCACUGACUUUGAUAUUAACGCACUGAUCUAUUCAGACAACGCCGAAAAUUACACCAUGAACUAUAUUAAGACGAAAAACCUAACCUACAAUACGAAGAAGUUGCUGAAGGAAAUUAUUGUCCUGGCGCAUGUGCUUAACAAUCUCUACAUCUAUGACCAUGUCGUUUUUGACAACUACCUUAACAACAUUAAGGAGGCAGACAAAGAAUCCAUUUGGCUCUACUGUAACGAAGCCAACGAUGUCUUCUUCCUAUCUAGGGAGAGAAAAAUCAACUUUUUAAAAGCCAUUAAUAUGAACCUAGAGUUGGAUAUCACCAAACAGGACAACGUUCCCGUUGUCUUCCACAAACUGAAGCAUGAGGGAAAAUAUUUCCACAAGGCGUAUGAGGUUAAGUGCACGCAGAGCGAAUUCUACAGCUGGAUACACGAGCUCGUUUUCCGACGAGACAUUCACGUUAAGGAGUUUAAAAAGAUGAGCCAAAGGAGGGAGCGUCACAGUGUCAGUCCACAGAAUACCCUUCCUUCCGCACACAAAAGGGGGGCAAACCACUUCCAGCAGGGAGAUCUCCCCAAGAGGCCUAAAGAGGACUCCACCCACGAGCACUCCAACAAACUUAGCACAUCCAACACGGCAGCUUCGCAAAAGGAACAAAGCGAAAUGGAGCAAGGUGAGAGGUACCCUCAUAUGGUUACCUCCCAAAAGGGCAGCCAUUCCCAAAUGAAGGUGAAAAUUGAGCAGCAUACCCCGGAUAAACAUGAUUCAGGUGUUCAGAAUGAGGAACCGCACAACAUAAAUGGCAAAGUGAACACCCCUGAUGGGGGGACCCAAACGGAUGCUCUAAAAGCUUCCUCACAGGACGACUCACCAGAAGAAUCGCAAAAAAUAAAACGAGAAAAGAGAAAGUCCGACACGGGGGAAGAAUAUCCCAAAAUAGAUGAACAAUCCAACGAUCCACUUUACAAUGAUGUGACUUCCUCAGCUGAAAAGAAAUGCCACGCCGAGGCAGACAAAGUGGACUACCCCAUCGCAAUAAUAGUAGACAACUUCUACACGCAAAAAGAAAUAUACAACCUACUGAUGCACAGAAAUGAUAGCACCGUAGAUAUGAACCUUUUCCGCUCAUCGGAAGAACAAAUGCACGAGUUGUACAUUUCGGACAACUCAUCAAACAACUCUUCCUCCAGCAGCUCAGACGACUUCUUUCAAAAAAACCAAAACGCCAUGCAUUCAAAUGAUGUAGAUUAUUACAUCCCCUACAAGCUGAUUAAGAACAAAGCAACAAAUUUAAAUUUUAUAAAACCGCACGUGUAUAUACUGUGCAUAAAUAAGAACUACGAUAUGGUAUACACGUGGGACAGCUUCGUCGAAGACUGUUCUGCUAAAAUUGACGCUAUAAAUGAGAACACCCAGAAGGGAAGUAGUUCAUUCACAGAGGAAGAGACAACCCGAUUGAAGAAAAAUAACGCAUCCUCUAAACGUAGGUGCGAUGAUCUCUUCCAAAUAAAUGAGUACUGUGGGAAUCUCGACUUUUUGGAGUUAUUCCUGAUGGAGGUAAAACCGUGCAGAAUUAUCCUCACCAAACUGGACUUAAGUAUUUUCCGUAACGUAGAAAUUUACUGUGCCAGGUUGUUCCAACACAAUGUGUAUAAACUGCGUGGGGAGAGUUGCUUCCCCGAGGUGAUGAAGUACGAGGAGAACAGCUGGAUGUAUGACAAUAUAGGGGAAGCGCAACCCGCCCUGAAGAGGGAGCAGGGGGGAAGCCCUCAAACCGCUAGCAGGAAGCAAUAUCCUCACAAAUUUGCAGGUGAAGAUGGUAACAAGACUAGGUCGGCACGUCACUUCCCUGACCGUGGAGCGCGAACCUUCAGGACGCUGGAAACCCUUAACGCCGCGUCCAACACGGUGGAGGUGUUCCUCGUCUUCUACAAAAACAACAUACUCUACAACAAGUACCUGAACGACGUGAAGGUCGAAAAAACCAACUGGCUCAACUUCAUCGAAAAUAAAAAUAAUUUCCGCUUUCAAGUGGACAGAAACGUCUUCAACAAAAAUAAGGACCUCUUUAAAAAAGUCGUAGACUCCUAUUUUGUCUUCCAAAAAAGAUUUCGAGAAAACAAAAAAAAUCUCUUCCACUUUAAUAAAGCGCUCUGUGAAGAAUUUAAAAAUUUUCAAGAAGUAAAAGCGGACGAACAGGUGGAAAAUAAAAACGCCUUCUUAAACAACCUCAACACGAACUACAUUAGCAUGGAGGAGGAAGAAGUCUUUAUGCAAAACUAUAGAAGUAAAACGAGUAAAAAAAAUGACAUAACUUUGUCCACCCUGGACGAAAAAACCAUUUCAAAGAUUCAACAGGUGUUGGAAAAAUUUUCCAUCGAUUCUUUCAAUUUGAAUUUUAUCCUCUACAGCAUUUUUAACAACACCAAGCCAAUUGUCAUCGUUGACAUUAGGGAGUUAAAGUCUGACCUCUCCUACAAAUUGUAUACAAGCAAAAUGCACAUCAUCCCGUACUCCCUCCUUGUUGGGGAUUAUGUCCUCACGAAGGAUAUCUGCGUGGAGAGAAAAACGAUCGUGGAUCUCAUUCAGUCACUAAACAAUAACAGGCUCUACAACCAGAUCAAUCAAAUGGCCAAAUAUUAUUCCAUCUAUGUGUUGUUAAUCGAAUUCAAUACAAAGCACCUCUUUUACUUCUCCUCCCUUAGUGACAAAAGUUCCGUCUACACUAAGUUAAUCAUUUUAUGCCUCCAGUUUAGUAGACUGAAAAUUCUUUGGAGUCCCUUCUCUCUUUUUACCGUUAAGCUUUUCUGGUCGCUCAAAAUUAAUGCUGAGCAACCUGACAUUUUUAAGUCGCUCCAUAUUGAUAUGACCUUAGAGCGGGACGCGCACCAACAGUUGGGGAGGAACUCCAGCCGGGACAAAACUCAUCCCCUUCCAACAACGCAGUCCCUACCCUCAACGGAACCGCUACCAACAACGCAAUCGAUAUCCAUGUCGAGUAAGCCCGAUGGGGAGACCAGCCAACCACUCCCACUCCCACACACGCAAGAGGAACAACCCAGCCAAAGCACCCUCGAACAGCUAGACAGCUGCGCCGACAAAAAUUCGGACAACGAAAAUGAAAACCAAUCAGACCCCUACAAAUACGAAACGAUAAAUGACCUGUUCGACAAAAAUCUAAACCCCCCACCAAAAGGUGAAGAAAGCAGUUACACUCUAAAAAGAAUGGAUAGCGUCACCAACUGGAACGCCCUGGAAAUAUUGAAAGCCCUACCAGGCGUUACGGAAAAAAACAUGCACCUCAUCAUAAACAACGUCAAAUCAUUGCGUGACCUUUGCGAAAAAACGGUCGAGCAGUUGGAAGCCUACAUGAGCAAGAGUAACGCCAAAAUGCUCUACGAGUUUCUGAACACAGACGCAACGUGA